GCGUGAGGGUGAUGGUUUCGUUGGGAGGGGGGGUUUCCCCAAAAAUAGAUUUUUUUAAGUGAAGUCACAGGACAUAAUAGUGGAUUCUUUCUUGUUGUAACUCUGGGUGUCGCUGCAAAUAUUUAUUUAUUUUUUUACAAACAAUGUUUCCCGUCCCGUAGCUUCUUAAGCAUAUAAGCUAAAGAAGUGAGCCGCGGGAAAGUUUGUUUUCCUGCUGGCCGGAUGGCAAAUAUGUCGCGGGUGGUAGCCAGCUAGGUUAGCACCCCUGUUAAAAGCAGGACAAACGCGCAGUUUGUAAGAUCAUACAUACUAGAUAAACCGAGACCGGUUUAAAGAAUUCACUGUGUUCUGCUCACUUCGGGGAGUCGUCGCUGUAAGUAACUCCAGAUACGCGAACCGUUUUAAGAGUAUCUCUAUCAAAGAUGUCCAAGUUGGAGACCGAGUUGAUGGAGGUAAAAAGUUCCUCAGAUGGUGAGGCUGAGGUAGUAGCACACGAAGCCGUGGCAUCCGUUGUCGCCCCUGGCGACGCGGGUCCCUUCGCAGUGCCGCUGAAGCCGGCGGUGCGGCCCCUGCUGCUGUCGCCGCAUCUCUUUAACGGGAACGGCGAGUACGUGUGCAGCGUGUGCGGCGAGUCGUUCUUCUCCCUGGCCCAGCUGGCCAAACACGUGCAGUUCCAUGACCGCGACCGGCCGUUCCCGUGCGCCGUCUGCGGCAAGCGCUUCCUGAGUCGCAGCCACCACACGGAGCACCAGCGCGUGCACACGGGCGAGCGCCCGUUCCCGUGCAACCGCUGUGAGCGCGCCUUCACCACGCACCACAACCUGAAGCGCCACCAGCUCAUCCACGACAAGGAAGAGAUGUACCGCUGCAGUGUCUGCGGCGUGCUCUUCUGCCAGGAGCACCAGCUGGGCAACAUCGGCGGCAUCAUCCGCGUCCUGCGGCAGCACGACGUGGAGCCGCUGAUAGACCCUCAUAUGCUCCUGCGGCUGCAGCUGCUUCCCGAGACCAAGCCCGCGGUGGAGGCCACGCCGGCACGGCAGACGACGCCCAGGAAAAUGAGAAAAAAGAAGCACAAGCGCGAACCCCACCACCCGGACAGUGACCUUUACUCUGCUAGGAGUGACAGACACGGCCAUUCGGGAGUCCCUGAGGUUCACGAGAGCAGAGAGGUGGAUGUACAUGAAGUGACGCACAGACCAGCCCCAAAGAUCCAGAAGAUUGCUUACGAUAUUGAGGUCAUCUUGUAAGUCCGUGAUUAUGAAUAUGCAAUAUAUCUGGAACCUAUUGACUAUUGUAUCUAGCGGGAAUAUCCAGAUACAGAGACUCGCGUCUGCUAGGCUGCCAAAGCCAGUGACAUUCUUCACUGAUUGCAUAUCCCUCUGCCAACUGGAAGAGGACUUUGAAUAAAUUUCCUAAUUAUAUUGGUU